CGUAACGUGAGUAAACGCACAGUAAACGUGUAUUUUGACAGAUACGUUAGUUCAGUGCAAUAUAUUGCCGCGCGUGAUUGAAUAAACGCUGCCGCGUGCGUCCUUGUGGUGUUAGAACUCUAUCAAUAAAACAUGUAUACGGCCACUAGAGUAGGAAAUAAAGUAUUCCCUAAUGCCAUAUUAAAGUGGUUUCCACAAAACCAGCAAGGAAAACAGAUAGCAUCAUUAGCAUCGUUGUCAGAAACGCAUCAAUUAUUAUAUAAAACAUGCAGAGAUUUUGCCGAAGGAGAACUAAAACCUAUUGCCGCCAUAACUGAUCGCGAAAAAAUGUUUCCGAAAAAACAAAUCAAAGAGAUGGGUGAAUUAGGCCUAAUGGGUAUCUGUGUUCCUGAAAAUGUUGGUGGAACCGGUCUUGAUUACAUGUCUUACGCUAUAGCGGUGGAAGAGAUUUCUAGAUGCUGUGCUUCCACAGGUGCCAUAAUGGCCGUGCACAACAUGUACAUGAAUGCGGUUAACAAUUACGGUAACGAUAAGCAAAAAGAAGAAUUCCUUCAGCCGUUUACGGAUGGUAAAAACAUAGGUUCAUUUUCUUUAAGCGAGCCAGGUCUGGGAAGCGACGCCGGUUCGGUGGCGACAAAAGCUACAAAAGACGGUUCUUCGUACGUGAUAAAUGGUACAAAAUCGUGGACCACAAAUGGUUUGGAAUCGAAAGCGUUAGUCUUAUUCGCAUCCACUGAUAAAUUGAAAAAACACAAAGGCAUCAGUUCUUUUUUGCUGAAAAAGGCUACCCCUGGUCUGUCCAUUGGGAAAAAAGAGAACAAGUUAGGCAUACGAGGAUCGUCGACGUGUAAUUUGAUAUUCGAAGACUGUUCUGUACCUGAAGAAAACGUUCUUGGAGAGCUAGGAAAAGGCUUCAACUAUGCGAUGAUGUUAUUGGAUGGGGGUCGCAUAGGUAUCGCCGCCCAGGCCUGUGGUAUUGCGCAAGCGUCCUUAGAAUUGGCCGUCGAUUACGCGUCCAAGAGAAACGCAUUCGGAACUCCGAUUGCCAAGUUGCAGACGAUACAAAACAAAAUCGCUGAUAUGGCGUUAAGGGUGGAGAGCGCUAGACUUUUGACUUGGCGAGCAGCUUUUCUAAAAGACAACAGCAAACCGCACUCAAAAGAAGCGGCAAUGGCAAAGCUCGCCGCAUCAGAAACGGCCACAUUUAAUUCACAUCAGUGUAUACAAAUUUUGGGUGGUAUGGGUUUUGUAACGGAUAUGCCGGCCGAGAGGUACUACCGUGAUGCUAGAAUAACAGAAAUUUACGAAGGAACAUCAGAGAUCCAGAGGUUGGUCAUUGGUGCUAACGUUUUGAAAGAGUACGAAGAAUAAACAUAAUCUGUGUUAUUUUUUUGUAUAAUAAUUAAUUAUUGACAUGACAUUAAACGAAAGUUGUACGAAAGUGUAA